AUGGCACUCAAUAACCAACCGUCGAAGCUUCGCAAGAGAAAGUCAGAAGCUGUUGACCCAGUCCCCGAAUCCAGCAAGACUCCCGCAAUGAAGUGGAAACGCACACGAAGCAGCGUCGCAGCAGCGGGUGCGGCAAAGGAGGUGGAAGACCUUCCAACUCCUCCAGAUUCGACCGUUGAUGAUGAGGUUCCUAUGCCAUCAAUAAUCCCAGGCAAAGAUGCAGACUUCGGUACCAGCGCCAGCGUGAAGGUCUUCUACGAAGGAAAGAAAUCUCACGGAGGACACUAUGACUGGGUUGAGACUCCCCCAAAGCAACUGAAUGAGAAGGUCGCCAAAGCCAAUAAUCGAGUUGCCAUCAAGAUCUUCAAGAUCAAGGACCAUGAACAACCGACCAUCUCCGGCAGAACCCCACUCAAGGUCCACUCCAUCGAGCUCCAGAGUGCCAUCCUGGUAGCCGCAUUGAAGGACAUUCUCAAGCCUCAAGGCAUGUACCUAGAGACAUCUGAGCCAGCAAGAUUCCAGGAACCAUUCAAGCCACUGUUCUUCACCUAUGACAAGAUAAUCGCUCUACAUGGCCGAACCAAGUCAAACGGCGUCUUGAAACAACAUCUCAAUCUCCUCGUUCAAGUCAUGGACGAGAUGUUUGGAAGUUUCAUGGAACAUCUCAAACACCUCAAUGCCAGUGGACUCAUCUCGUACAAGCUAGCAUGGACCUAUUUCCCCAAACACACCAUGAUCUUCUACGGCACUAAGGACUGCGAACGCAUUUGUCGAGUCACUGGUACAAACUAUGUGUGCCAUCCUCAUCCUGCGCUGAACGUUGACUGCGAGGAAAUUGCUUUCGAUGGAGAGAGUUUUGAUUGGAUGCCCGUUCAAGUCCAGACCCCUGCUUUUGGAGGCAACCGUCCUGUCACUGAUCUUCCUUGCUAUCCUAUCUCGUUUCAUGACAAUCCGGAAACAGUCAAAGAGCGAUUGACUGCACGUGCCAUCAAGGCUUUGGAGUACCAGGGGCUGACCUAUUGCGAUUACACUGGCGUGGGUCUGCUAGCCACUCAAUGUGGACUUCAGAGACACAAUGUUACCGGUCGUAUUCUCAUCGACUACUUCGGCUACAAGAAGCAUUUCGAAGGUCUCCAGAGAUCAGACAGCAAUUCUCGCAGGAAACAAGGCUCCUCACGACCACCAUCAACCAGCGGAGCGUCGACUAAUGGAGGUUCUGACGAGCCAAAGUAUGUGCAGACACUGUCCAAGGAGAAGCAAGAGGAGAAUAAGAUUGAGAUGCUGGGAAAGAGAAAGGAUGGGCUUGUCUAUGUUUCCCCUCUGCUUGAGGGCUUCGCAUUGAAGAAUAAACAAUGGUUGAACUUCUACGUGGAUGACCUCCAGCCUGUUACCUGGAAUGACGAAGCAUAUGGUCACCUGGUGUAUCCCGAAGAGCAAAAGAACCUCGUCUUGACAUUCGUCGAUAACCAUCAACGCAUGAAGGCGCGAGUUGAUGAUGUGGUUAUGGGCAAAGGCCAAGGCUUGAUCCUGCUACUCAGCGGUCCCCCUGGAACAGGAAAGACUUUGACCGCAGAGGCAGUCGCUGACAAAACUCUCCGUCCUCUUUAUUACCUCCAAGCUGAAGAUCUGGGAACUGAUGCGUCUAAACUUGGUCCGAAAAUCAAGAAGGUGUUUGAGAUGGCCACCGAGUGGGAUGCUGUGAUUCUACUCGAUGAGGCCGAUGUUUUCAUGGCAGAGCGAGAUCCAGGGGACAUCGCAAGAAACGAAUUGGUGUCAAUCUUCCUCCGUGAACUCGAAUACUUCAAAGGCAUCAUCUUCCUAACCACCAACCUCUACUCCACCAUCGACGUCGCCUUCCGCUCCCGCGUCAACAUCCACCUCGUCUUCCACUCGCUGCCCUUUUCCUCCAGGCUUGUCCUCUGGCGCAAAUUCUUGUCACGCCUCCCUGGUGAAGAUAUCGAGAGUAAAUUGCAGGAGGGCGACGUGGAGGAGUUGGCAAAGUGGGAGUUGAAUGGGAGAGAGAUUAAGAAUGCGAUCAAGACGGUGAGGACAUGGUGUCUCUGUAAGGGGUUUGACAUUAGUUUGUUGAGAUUGGAGGCUGGUAUUAAGGUUACGGCGCCGCAAGCGGGAAAGAAUGAGGAUACAAGUCUCUGA